UGGCAGCAGCAGCCACCACAAUGGCAGCAGCAGCAGCCACCACAGUGGCAGCAGCAACAGCAGCAGCCACCACAGUGGCAGCAACAGCAGCAGCCACCACAGUGGCAACAGCAGCAACAGCCACCACAGUGGCAGCAGCAGCAGCCACCACAAUGGCAGCAACAGCAGCAGCAGCCACCACAGUGGCAGCAGCCACCGCAGUGGCAACAGCAGCAGUCACCACAGUGGCAGCAGCCCCCGCCGCCACAGUGGCAGCAGCAGCAGCAGCAGCCUCCACAAUGGCAGCAGCCUCCACAAUGGCAGCAGCAGCAGCAGCAGCGACAGUGGCAGCCGAAGCAACCGGCGCCACAGUGGCUACAGCAAAACAGAAGGAGGAGCACCCAGCAGGCAUACCCUCAGCUACCAUGGCAGCAGCAGCAACAGCAGCAGUCACCACAAUGGCAGCAGCAGCAGCAACCUUGGCAGCAGCAGCAGCGGGAGCCAUGCGAGCAGCAGGGAAAAGAUCGCACAGAAGAAGCUGCGGGGCUGAAGCAUCAGCAGCAGGAGCAGCAGCAGCAGCAGGAGCAACAGAAACAGGGCUUAGCCGAUUUGUAA